AUGACUUCUGCAAUGAGAUUGUCGCGCAGUGGCUCUGCAGCACCGAAAACUCGUAACCAACAACAUGCUGCUGGGAAACGUUCGAAGAGCUCAAAUCAACAGCAUUUGGGAAUGGUCGAGGAGGAAUCGGAAGCACCGCGUAAACGAGCGAAAGACUGUACCGGCUCGUCAACGUUGAUCACUGCAACCACGACAAUAUCGGUGGAUGCGGAAGGCAAGCGACCGAGUCGUGCGAAGGUGGCGAUUCGAAGAUCGAUGAACCGUUCAAUGUCCGAGUCGAACAUUCUCACCACG